GAGACGCCUCGCCCUCCUGGCCCUCCUGGCGGAGGCAGCACCAAAACCGCUGCCUCUGGUCCCCCGCGGCGGCGGCAGGCCGCGCGACGCGAACGCCGCGUUCUUCGGCGACCUCGACGGCGUGGGCGCGCUCUGCGAACGCGAGGCGACGCCGGGGAUAAAUCUGGGCGAGGCGGUCGGCAGGCUCGUCAGGUUGGUCACCGCGCUCAGAUCCCUCGCGCUCGUCGCGGCGGCGGCGGCGGGCCACAGCGCCGGCCGGGCGAACGCGCGGAAGGACGCGAGGGCCGAGGCCGCGUACGCCGACAGCGUCGCCGAGCUGGAGGGGCGGCUGCACCGCCUCAGCGUCGACCGCCAGAUGCUCGCCGACGAGUUCGCGGACGCGCGCCGCGCGCUCGAGCGCCAGGUGCGGGACGCGGCCCGGGCCGCCGAGGCCGCGCGGGCUUCUUCGGGCGCCGCGCCGCGCGAGCUCGAGGACGUAAAGCGGGCGGCGGAAACCGCGCGCGCGGACGCCGACGCGGCGGUCGCGCGCGCCGCGCGCGCCGUGGCCGACGCCGACGGUGCGCGCGCCGCGCAGCGCGCCGCCGAGGCGCGCGCGGCCGACGCCGACCGCGCGCGCGCCGCGGCGCGCGACGCCGCGGCGCGCGAGGCGGCGCGCUGCGCGGCCGCCGAGGCGCGCGCCGCGCGCCUCGAGGAGCGCGUCGUCGCGCUCGAGACCCGCGUCGCCAAGUGCGCCAAGGCGAAGCGGAAGAAGAAGCAGCAGCCCGACGAGGUUUAAUCAGCGACUUGGCGCAGCUGCGCGGCCUUUUUUCGCUCGCGACGUCGUCUGGGCGGGGAGCGGUGUCCGCGACUGCUUUCGUUUUUCUCUCCGGGUCUGAUCCGAGCAUGACGUGAUUGCUACUUUUCAAUCAAACCUACGGCGGCCGGGCCUCCACGGUCCCCAGUGCGAUGCAGGGGGGAAUAGCGUGUGUAAUUCCGGACUUCCCCGGCA